CCUCAACGAUUUCCAUUUAUUCCAUUUAUUUGAAAAUCAGCAGUCAACAAUAGAAUCCUGCAAAAGUGCCUGUUUGAUUGUUGUAUCACAUUAAUCACAGUAAAUCCAGGAGGAAAGUGGAUGUGUUUUCAGGAGUCUGUUGAGUGGAGAGUGUUUUGCAUGUUUACUGCUCCACACACAAAACUCCUCUGAUGAUCAGUGUGUGUUCAGUCCUGACAGAGUCUCUGACACACUGAACAAUGAUGUCUCUUUUACUGAUUCUGACUACACUGACUCUGAAGGCUCAAGUGUCUCAUCAAGAGGUCCAGACUCCUGAGUCUCUGUCUGUUAAAGCAGGAGAAUCUGUCACUAUUAGCUGCACUGCGUCUUCUGGAAUUGGUGAUGACAUGAGCUGGUAUCUGCUGAAACCUGGAGAAGCUCCUAAACUCCUGAUCUAUGAUGCAAGUAACCUUGCAUCUGGAGUUUCAAACCGGUUCAGUGGAAGUUAUUCUGGAUAUCAAUUUAUGCUGAACAUACGUGGAGUCCAGACUGAAGAUGCAGGAGAUAAUUACUUGGUCAUCACACUGCUGUGUGUUCAGGCUCUCGGUCACUGCAUUCUGGGAUGGGUGCGUGGCGUCACAGCUGAUGGUUGUUGCUCUGCUCCACUCACUCUCAGUGAGGCUCAGGCUGCUGCUCCAGCUGUACAGUCCAUCCUUCUGCAGCACACUGGGACUCAGAUUCACAGCAGAGCUCCUGCUGCUGCCAUCCACCUUCCAGCUCAGCUUCCAGUCAGAGGGGAAUCCCUUACUGCCCACACACACCACUGUAGCCUUACCCUGCUGCAGCUCGUCUCUGGAGGGCGGCAGGACCGUGAGAGUGGGACGAGUGGCAGCUAA